CAGUCAAAAUAAAGAUGGCCAAGUUAUACAUUUCUAGUGUUUUGCUCGUGAUCGCAGCCUGCGUUUAUAACACCAACGCUGAUGGAGCUGAGGGUGGUGUAGCCACCACAAUUUCAGCACAUCCGUAUAUCGUCUCACUACAAGGUACCGACGGCUCAAAAGUAUGUGGUGGUGUCUUAAUUGAUUCAAAGACCGUUGUCACUGGAGCACAGUGUUUGAACUUCUACGAUGUAUCACAACUGGUGGUCGGUGUUAGCAAUGGUGCUAAAGUCGUAAAAAUUGCCAGCAGUACCUUCGAUAUCGGUUUUGACUUCACCACCAUGCAAAAUGAUGUAGCAGUCGUGAAAUUGGCCGAAGCAGUGACUGUUGGAACCAUCGAACUGGCCACGAAAGAACCAACGAACGGUGUUAGUGGUGUGGUGACCACCUGGGACUCAAGCAGCAACUUGGUAGAUAUCCCUGUGACUGUCAUUGACACCGCGCAAUGUGGUUCAGGUAAAUACAGCUACAGUGAAGAUGACAUAUUAUCCACAAUGUUGUGCGGACUUGCGACUAACGCAAAUGCUUGUGGCGCUUUACCCGGAAGUCCUUUGGUUUCAAAGAAGAAAUUGGUCGGUUUGGUUUCCUGGGGUUAUGGCUGUGGCAACAAGGGCAAUCCAGCUGUUUUCACUGAUAUUGCAUCUUUAGAAUCGUGGGUAAAGUCAACUGCAAAGUCCUUGUAAA